AUGUCCAAAACAUUCUCCAAGGACGACGUGGCGUCGCAUAACAAGCCAGACAACCUGUGGGUUAUCAUCGAUGAGGAUGUGUAUGACUUGACCAAGUUCCAGGACGAUCACCCUGGUGGAAAGAAGAUUCUCUCCCGAGUGGCGGGCAAGGAUGCUUCGAAACAGUUUUGGAAAUACCACAAUGAGGGGAUCCUGAAGAAGUACAAGGGCCAGCUGCAGAUUGGUUCUCUAGAUUCUAAGAAGGCUGCUUCUGCCCCUACUCCUGCUAAGAAGGAGGCGCCCCGGCCUCAAGCUGCAGCCCCGGUUGAUGUCGCUGCUGCGAAGUCCGACGAGCCCCUGGAGCCUUACGGUGAACUGGUUCCCUUCGCGGACCCUUCAUGGUACCAAGGUUACCACUCGCCCUACUUUAACCAAACUCACGCAGCCCUACGCGCCGAAGUCAGACAAUGGGUGGAGACCGAGAUUGAGCCCUACGUUACCGAAUGGGAUGAGGCCAAGAAGGUGCCCGACAGCAUUUACAAGCAGAUGGGUGAGAGAGGAUACCUUGCUGGUUUGUUGGGGACCAAGUACCCCGCCCAACACACUCGCAACAGGGUCCAGUCGGUUGCGCCUGAGAAUUGGGAUCUCUUCCACGAGAUGCUACUCACGGACGAAUUGUCCCGCGCUGGCAGUGGUGGCCUGGUUUGGAACUUGAUUGGUGGCUUCGGUAUCGGUUGCCCGCCUCUGGUCAAGUUCGGCAAGAAGCCUCUGGUUGACAGAAUCCUGCCUGGCAUUCUGGCCGGUGACAAGCGCAUCUGUCUCGCCAUUACCGAGCCCGAUGCGGGCAGUGAUGUUGCCAACUUGACAUGCGAAGCCAAGCUGUCUCCUGAUGGCAAGCACUAUAUCGUCAAUGGUGAGAAGAAGUGGAUUACCAAUGGUAUUUGGUCUGAUUACUUCACUACUGCUGUUCGUACCGGCGGGCCCGGCAUGAACGGCAUCAGUGUUCUCUUGAUUGAGAGAGAGGCGGGUGGUGUCAGCACCAGACGGAUGGAUUGCCAGGGUGUGUGGAGCAGUGGCACUACCUAUGUUACCUUUGAGGACGUCAAGGUGCCUGUGGAGAACCUGAUCGGCAAGGAGAACCAGGGCUUCAAGGUUAUCAUGACCAACUUCAACCACGAGAGAAUUGGUAUCGUCAUUCAGUGUGUCCGGUUCGCUCGUGUAUGCUACGAAGAAGCCAUGAAGUACGCCCACAAGCGCAGGACCUUCGGCAAGAAGCUCAUUGACCACCCUGUCAUUCGCAUGAAGCUGGCACACAUGGCUCGCCAGAUCGAAGCAACUUACAACUGGCUGGAGAACAUCAUCUAUCAGUGCCAGUCGAUGGAGGAGACCGAAGCGAUGCUCAAGCUGGGUGGUGCCAUUGCCGGUCUCAAGGCUCAGGCGACUACCACUUUCGAAUUCUGCGCCCGUGAGGCAAGUCAGAUCUUCGGAGGUCUCAGCUACAGCCGCGGAGGCCAGGGUGGCAAGGUUGAGCGCUUGUACCGUGAUGUUCGUGCCUACGCUAUCCCUGGUGGAAGCGAGGAGAUCAUGUUGGACCUCAGCGUGCGCCAGAGCUUGCGGGUGCACCAGAUGUUUGGCAUGAAGCUCUAG